GACACUCUUAGGUCUUCCUUUCUGCUGUGGACCUCACAAAUAAUCGAACAUGGCGGAUUUGGAAGAGCGGCAGAGAUUGUUGGGAGACGAGGACAGGGGCAGUGGACCCGGCAGGCCCAUGCUCGCCAUCUGCGACCCCAGCCGCUUACUGCACCGACUGGUUGUCCUUUUUUUUAUGUGCUUCCUGGGAUUCGGAAGCUACUUCUGUUACGAUAAUCCCGCUGCACUCCAAAGUCAAGUCAUCCAGGAUUUGCAUCUGACGACUUCAGACUUCAUGCAGUUGUACGCCUGGUACUCCUGGCCUAAUGUAGUUCUCUGCUUCUUUGGGGGAUUUCUGCUUGAUCGGGUCUUUGGUGUCAGGCUGGGAACCAUCAUCUUUUCCCUUUUUGUCUGUGCUGGACAGGUGGUCUUUGCUGCUGGAGCAUGGACAAAUCAUUUUUGGCUAAUGGAAGCUGGACGAUUUAUAUUUGGUAUUGGAGGAGAGUCUUUGGCAGUAGCCCAAAACACAUAUGCAGUGAACUGGUUCAAAGGCAAGGAGCUCAAUCUAGUAUUUGGCCUUCAGCUGAGCAUGGCUCGCGUGGGCAGCACGGUGAACAUGAACAUAAUGGGCUGGAUUUAUAACAGAGUUACAGAUGCUGUUGGCUCGCCUGGACACACCGUGCUGGGUGCAUCACUCUUGAUAGCUGCCAUAACAUGCGUGUUUUCCCUAAUCUGUGCCUUGGUUUUGGGAUUCCUUGACAAAAGAGCCGAGAGGAUCCUCAACAAGGAACAAGAAGGAACAGGCGAAGUGAUCAAGAUCACGGAUGUGAAGCAUUUCCCUGCAGCCCUGUGGCUUAUCUUCAUCAUUUGUGUAGGCUACUACGUGGCAGUUUUCCCCUUUAUUGGACUGGGACAGGUGUUCUUCAUUGAAAAAUUCAGCUUCUCCCCAGCUGAAGCCAGAGCUGUCAACAGUAUUGUGUACAUCAUAUCAGCCCCUGCAUCUCCAGUUUUGGGCUUCAUGGUUGAUAAGACGGGGAGGAACGUGAAUUGGGUAUUGCUUGCAGUGGCAGCAACACUUGCCGCUCACAUGAUGCUGGCCUUCACUUUCUGGAACCCAUGGAUCGCAAUGUCCCUGCUUGGCGUGUCAUACUCCUUAUUGGCCUGUGCACUUUGGCCCAUGGUGGCUUUUGUCGUGCCUGAACAUCAACUCGGGACAGCCUAUGGCUUUAUGCAGUCCAUUCAGAACCUGGGACUCGCUAUCAUUUCCAUAGCGGCAGGGGCGAUCCUCGACAGCAAAGGGUACCUGGUUCUGGAAGUGUUUUUUUGCGCCUGCAUUUGUGUUGGACUGAUAGCCGCAGUGUUGCUGUACUUUGUGGAUUGCAUUAAAGGAGGAGAUUUGAACCAGUCAGCCGCAGCCAGAGCCAAACUCAGUAAAGAAGCCAGUUCAGAUGCAGAAUGAUGAUGAUGAUGAUGAUGAUGAUGAUGAUGAUGAGCGAACACACAUGGUCCUGGGCUUCAGAGCCAGCAGGCUGCAGUGUCCACCCCUGAGCUUUCAAUCUGCUACCAUGGGGCAGGACUGCGGUUCUGACUCCGCCCAGUGAUGUCAUCUGUGGUUCUUCACACCAGAACUGACUGUCUGGAUUUGGAACUGUUGUAUAACCUUGCAUAAAUGUCUAAACGCGAUUUUACGGGACACUUGACAAACGACAUAUCCUACUUAAUCCACAGUUACUCUCCAACGUGUCAAAGAGACUUUAUUUCUACUUGGAUUCACUCACUACUGACUUUUGUGUGUGUCAAAGUUCAGCAUGCUUGAAAAAUAUUUGAAUUAUCAAAAGAUGACAUUUGUACUUACAGCACAGAGGGAAGGGGUCCUUUGAUUUUAUCAUGUACUAUUUAUUGUUAAUUUAGCUUUUUAACAUGUAAAAUGGGGUAACUGAUUUUAAAUGUUUGGGGUUUUGUUUUGUUUUUUUCUUGUUUUUACAACAAAACCAACAACAUUUCUGCACAACUGUUAUUAGCCUGGUUGCAGAAAGAUCUGCAGUUCAUUUAUGUACACACCAUUUGUCACAAUUACUAACCAAAAUCAGCCUUAUUGGACUCUGCUUGGGCACAAUGGGCUCAUAUUCUGUUCUGAUAUGCUUCAUUGACCUUUGUGUGGCGGGUUAUCUCAAAAAGAGCAAAGCUCUUUGUUUAAGUCUUUACUGGCUGAUUCUCUUAUUUCUUCAUUUGCUCUUUGCUGAUUUGCAAAGUUCAUAAAAGUUUAUUUUCUGUUCCAUCAUCAAAUGUUACAAUUACCUUAAAGAUCAUUAGUAAGAGAGAGACACUUUUGAACGUGCUUACCCAUGUAAUGAUAUUCACAGUCUCAACUUUUAUAAACUCUUCCAUUAAUUUGACCUUUAUUUUUUUUAAAGAGUCAGAUCAGUUCCACACAAGAAUUGUGUUUUAUCGAUUGUCUUUAUUGCUCUUUUAUCAAGCUCAGGUAAUUAACUCUUUCUAAGCACUUCCCCAAAUUGAUAUUUGCUUUAUCUUAAUGGUGUAACAACAUAUUCAGCUUAACACUGACCAUUCCAGUAAUGUGGGAGGAGGAUUUUGUGUUAAUGGCAGGGUCACACACUGUGGAUGAUUAACAUUCACUACCUCAGUUGGGCAAAUGAGCCCUUAUUUGAGUCUUAACAAGUAUUUCAUACAUGUAUAAAGACAGCCAGUACAAUUAAUAGUACAAAAAGGAAAAAAAGGUGGUUACACUUUAAAAUGACUAUACUCAGAAAUGGGCUGCUCGGUCAGCUUGUUUGCUCUGUGGUGUUGGGAACUCACUGCAAUUGUUUAACAGAGAAUACUUGUAUUAAACUUUAACUGUCAUUGAACUGUGUACAAGAUGACUGUGAAAUUGUACAGAAAAAAUCAAAGUUAUUGAAAAGAUCACAUUUGAUGCCAUGAACAAUGACAUUCAAUUAAACAUUUUUUUUAAAGCA